CUAUGGCUACCAAAUUACAUAACAACAAGAUGGCGGCUGGUCAGGAUGUUCCUUAUUGCUUAAAAUGGAGUGCCAAAGACGUAGCUGAGUGGAUCGGAUCGCUAGGUUACCCUCAAUACAAGGAGUGCUUUACAAGCAACAUCAUAACGGGAAGGAAGCUCAUCUGGAUCAACUCGUCCAACCUUCCAAAGAUUGGGAUCACUGACUGGAAGGACAUUCAAGUAAUAUCAAAAGAGGUAAGAGACUUGCUCCAUAUUGAGGACCCUUGUUGGAACAAAAGCAUCUCAUUACCUCCAGCCAGCGAACUGCACCUCUUUCUCGAGAGAAAGAGUAAGUCUGGCCGCCAUAGCGAUGAGUUAACAUUCAAACCUACAGCCAUGAACAAAUCUAUUGAUUAAUUAAUAAUUAUUGUAUCAUAAAAAUAAAACAACAAAGGAUGUAAACAAAAAUAAACAACAAACAUAUUCUCCACUAUAAUAAUAAUCAUAAUAAUAAUAAUAGUAAUAGCAUGAUAAUAAUUGUGAAUAUUAACCACUGACAG